CUUCUUCACAUAGACAUCUGAGAAAGGGGCGCUGCUGCUGCUGGUGGUGGACAUUUUUCCUCCCCCAAAUUUCUCACUGGUUCUUCUUCUUCUACAACUUAUUACUAAUUACAUCUUUGAAAACAACAAGAACUGUAGUUGAACUCUGCAACAUUGUAGCAACAGUUGGUGCUUGUGUCUCUCCGCUGCAGGGAUUUAUGGUAUCUUGAAGAAAUUGGAAGAGACAUUGUGAAAAACAAGGUGCAUUUUGCAUGUAGGACUCGUGAGGAGGACAUCAAUCUCUACAUAAUCUGCUGUGGUUGCGUUCCUGGGAAUGAAGUCUUGGGUUUUCAUAUCAGAAAUCAGAUAUUUGGCAGGACAGAAAUUGGUGUUGAGAUCCGAAUUUACCAAUGGAGUGCAACAAAGAAGAGGGUGUAAGAGCCAAGGAAUUGGUUGAGAAGAAGAUGAAUAGCAAGGAUUAUGUUGGAGCACGAAGAAUGGUCGUUAAGGCCCAAAAACUAUACCCGGGUAUAGAAAAUAUCAGUCAAAUGCUAACUGUAUGUGAAGUACACUGUUCUGCUGAGUGCAGAGUACUUGGGUCGGACCCAGAUUGGUAUGACAUCCUUCAGAUUGAGCAAACUGCUGAUGAAGCAUCCAUUAAGAAACAGUUCAGAAAGCUCGCCCUUCAACUUCAUCCUGAUAAGAACAAGUUUCCUGGUGCAGAAGCUGCCUUUAAAUUGAUCGAAGAAGCACAGAGGUUGCUUUGUGACCAGUCGAAGCGAUCACAAUUUGAUAUGAAGCGUAACACUAUGAGACCUGGUCAACAGAUGCAGUCUCAAAAUCACCCGAGUAGGAGUAACGAUUCGAGCAAACAACCUGGGAUGCAUUCUAAUCCUUCGAGUACUGGUGCAGCAGCACAAUUCAAGAGCAUGAAUCCUCACCAGCAAAAACAGCAGCAGAUCCCACCAGUAUAUGCUAAUAGCCUCCUCUGGACUGUAUGUCCUUUUUGUAGUAUAAGGUACCACAGAGACAUUAUGAACAGAGCUCCCCGCUGUCGAAGGUGCAUGAAACCUUUUAUUGCUAAUAAUCUGAAUAAACAAGGGAUGGCAUCUGGAGUGAACAACCCGCCAUCUCCUCAAAAGAAUGAUUUGAAUAAACGAGGGAUGCCUUCUGGAGUUAACAACCUGCCAUCUCCUCAGAAGAAAAAAGCCCGUAGAGGUGGUAGGAAGGUGGCCCCAGUAAAAAUGCGAGGGAAAUGUGGCAAUGUGGCACCAGUAUUACAGCCUCCCAAAAUGUCAGGAAGGGCUUCUGUGGCUGGUAGGGCGGCUAAACCCAAUGUCAACGAAGACGUGAAUGUCCGUGUGGAAGCCGGAAAGAAAGGAAAAUGUAUACUUGCUGAACCUAAACCUCAGGGUACCAAGAGCAGGAAAAGAGGAAGAAACUCUGACCCAGAAGAGGUAACUGACAGUUUCAAAACUGAAAGCAGCUGCGACAGGGAAGAAGAUGGUGAUCGUAAAGCUGGACAGAAUCCUGGACUCAACAGUGGCCACCAUACUCGCAGAUCAUCUCGGCUAAAACAUGAUGUUAGUUACAAAGAGUGAUGACGAUGAAAUAAUUAGCGGAUCAGGACGAGACACAAUGAGCCAGUGGAUAAGCCAGAGAAAUUUAAUAGAGUGGCCCUUCUUGAAUAAAGUAUACCAGAUGGAAAUGCUGAAAACUGCAAGAAUAGUUGAGAUGAAGUGGCUGAAGAUGUAUGAAGGACCUGAAACAAUGGUCGUUGAAGUUGCCGAUCCAGAUUUUUAUGACUGUGACAGGGAUAAGAGUGGAUGGUACAGUUGUAAAAGUGGACGCUACAAUCAAGGUGUUGGUUUGGGAGAAGGUUUCUGAUCAUGAGACAAUUUUCAAGGGUCAAUAAGCAGGUUGUGAAUCCAUACUUGAAAUACCAUGCUGUGAGUUGCUUAGAUUCUCUCAUAAAAUUCCUGCAAUCGUUGAAUGAUGAAAAAGUAGGAACCUUGCAUAGUUGCUGGGAGUUGGAUCUCAAAGUAAUUUAUUUAAUAGUAAAUGAAGAGUCAAAACUGUCAAAGACAUGCUGUAAGUUUGAUGUACAAGUCUGUGAUGCAGCAGUCUGGGGUUUAGCAAUUUUUUUCGUUUUUCAUACGCGGUACGGGGAGAACAUCUUCUGUCAGAAUGAGGUGUUAGAUAUUGAAGUGUUGAAGUAUUGAAGGAGACACAUCACAGACCCUAUAAGUAGCAAGUUUGAAAAAGAAAGGGAUGGAAUUUGCUCUGAGAACAUAAAGCAACAUGUGGUGAUUCAGGGGAACUGUUCUAGUAGAAAAUUUACAUAAGCAAAGUUAUUCAAGGGAGGUAAGGGAAGCUCUGAAUUUGAAAAUUCUUAUUAACAGUGUCAGAUAUGGUGAGAGAUAUAUACUGGGUUGGAUCCUAUUGUGGCCAAAGAACUUAGUACUUUUGGGUAGAGGCUAAGCAGAAAGGGACUGUCAGAAUCAUUAACUAAUAACAGCAAAAGCAUCAGCAGUACAGUCCGCAAACUCCGCAGCACUACUCACAUCAGCAUCAUCAAGCUGGAAACGAGGAACCGAAAUGCCUCAAUUCUAGGUGUAACAUAUUACUUCCUUAAUAUGGAGCUGAACAUCGAAAAAUCUAGUUCAGAUGAAGUGAGUGUACUAUAAGAAUACAGAAAUUGCUUAUGAUGCUUAUUAUGACCAUGAUGAUGGAAACACUUAUUACAAAGACGAGGAAACUGACGAUGAGUACAAUAGCAUUAAAAACCUGCCUUUUAUGUUGAUUUUGCUUCUGGACCCCAGAAGAUGAACUUGAGUAUUGUAGGCGUGUCAGGUGGGAAGCUGCACAAAUUCCAAUACGAAAGAGGCAGAGCUCUUGAUGUGAGUAAAGCUUAUCAAGGAACAAACACUAUAUAUACUUGAGAUACCUGAUUUUGUGAAGUGCCCUCCUCACCUAUAGCCAUCAAAAGAUUGGGAAGAUACAUUUUAGCUGAAUUUUUCUGAGCACAGACUGGCUGCUGCUGGUGGUGGUGGAAUUUUUUCUUCCUCCAAACUUCACGCUGGUUCGUCUUCUUCUUCUUCAUCUUCAAGCCCUUGGAGAAAGGAAGUCAGAGUCAGGCGGUUUUAGAUGCUUUAGGUGAGCCUACUGGAAGUGGAAGGGGUCCGUGGUACUGUAGCUCACAAUAGGAGUUCAGUAUUUAGCACAUUUCUUGUUUCUGGGCCAUGAGGAACUGGUAUUUUUCAGUGCGACCAGUAGAUGACGCUUUGCUUCCAGUUCUAUUUCGAUUUUUAUGGCGGUCAAAACUGGGAGAUCCUUACGAAGAGAAGAACCAGACUGAGGAUAAAUCUUUCAUUAAUCAACCCAAACAUAGCAUAAACACAAAAGCAAAUUCGUUUUAUCUUGUUUUCACAAGUAAAAGAAAAUCAAGCACAUAUCCAGUUUUAUUUUUACAACAACAUUAAGCCUACAAGGAUACUUAGAUAUUAUACUUCAUAAGUGUCUUAUUUGCAUCCUUCACUGUUGAAGGACGUAUUCGGUAGCAACAGCUGAGCUCGGAUCGUCAUUAUCACCAUCUCCUUCCUCAACAAUAUCAUCACCAGGUCCUUCUAGGCUCAUCCCCGAUCCAGACCUGCAUCCGUCAAAGUUGAAGCACCUACCAUUAAGAAUAUCAUCAUCAUCUCCUCCUUCCACUCCCAACUUAAAUUUCAACUUAUCAUGACCGUAAGACAUGGUUUCUUAAAAAAGAGAGAAAUUUCUGAACUCGUAGCAAGGAGAACACUUGAGCUUGUUUUUGAUAAAUUGAGUGAGGUUGGAGGUCUCCAUUUAUAGUGAAGUUUGGAAUGUUUCAAGUGACAAUACUGUCAACAUGCACUUGUGAACAAAAAUUAUAGAUUAUGGUCGCACUUCCUUACAAGUUGCGCAAACUAGUGAGAAACUUAUGAUUAUAAUCAAAGCAUGUUAUG